GUAGUGUCCUUUGUCAGAGGUAGACUCUGGCAACCAUGCACUUGUUAAUAAAGGAACAACCACGCGCAUGUAAUGAUCAACUCUCUCGGUAUGAUCCAGCUGCCCGAGCGGUCACUGACCCUUCUCAUACUGACGGUGCGGAAGCAAACCUUCAUUCUCCACCCUAUCAAUCUACACGGAGCGUCCUUGUAUGAUCAGAUGUAGACUCUGGCAACCACACACUUGUUAUUAAACUAAGAAACAACCAUGUGCAUUUCCAGCUGCCCGAGCGGUCACUGACCCUUCUUACCUGUCAUGUGCGGAAGCAAACUUUCAGCUUGUUACUACCCUUCUCCAACCUGUCAAGCUAUACGGAGCUCUCCCGACCUUAUUUACGUCUUAUUACCACCGUACUGCCCAGAAGGUUGGUCGUCGUACACGUACGUACCUACACCAGGUUCAGGAAUGGCGUCCCGGAAGAAGGUGUACCAGUUUUUUGCACAAGAGAUUUCCCCCUAUUCUAUGAAAAUCCGGCCCUACUUACGCUACAAAAACAUCCCAUAUGAGACGGUUAUACCAUCAUUUCAGGUCCACAGGGAAAUUAUAAUCCCCCGGGUUGGUUUGAGUGUGGUUCCUGUGAUCAUCACCCCUGAGGACAAGGUGGUUCAAGACUCUACCGCCAUCAUAGAGUACCUGGAACAGGAACACCCCUAUCCCCCAGUGGUACCUCCCACACCCAAGCAGACGCUGGUGUCUCUACUGUUGGAGUUGUUUGCGGAUGAGUGGUUGACGAUACCUGCCAUGCACUACAGGUGGUCAAAACCCGAGCACAAGAAGUAUAUAGCCUUGAAUUUUGGAUUUGUUAUGAAGGAACACACCUCACCCCUGGAGCAGAUGGAAAACUUGGAGGACUUUAAAUUUUACAGUUCGAUCAAGAACUCCUUCCCCUUCCAGGGCAUCAAUGAAAACACCAUCGGAGAAGUGGAGCGGUCUUACCAAGAGUUUCUAGAAGAUUUCCAGCAGCACCUGAACAAGUACCCCUACCUGCUGGGGUACCAGCCAUGUGUGGCAGACUUCGCUUUCUUUGGGCUUCUGUAUGCAAUGCUGUACAGGGACCCUGUCCCAGGUUACCUGAUGAAGUGCCAGGCUCCCCUGGUAGCCAGCUACAUAGAGAGGAUGAAUGGUGCUGUCCUCAGCCCUUCCCAUGAUGUGAUAGACGGAAAGGCUGUGAAGAAGUCUGUACCUCCUGACAAACAGGGACUCCUACCGGGGGAUGAAAUCCCAGAGACCCUCCAGCCAAUAUUGCACAGGGUUUUCCGAGAGCAGGUGCCUGUUCUACUGGACACUGUUAAGAGAGUCAGCCAGUACAUGAAGGAUAAUCCAGACGUCGACGUUCUCCCGCGCAUCAUUGGUCUCCAUGACUUCAGACUGGGUGACGUCACCAGUCAGCGAGGUGUCUACACCUACCCGAUCUGGAUGCUGCAGCGAAUCACAGACUACUACCACAGCCUGUCACCAGGGCAACAGAGGAUGAUUGACAGAUUCUUGGAGGAAUAUCCUGGGGGACAGGAGCUGGUACAGGCAGACCUGACAGGGUGUAGGGUGGAGAGGAUGGAUGUUAGGGUGAGAAGGGCAGAGCCUGCAAAGUCAAAACUAUAAACUGUUCACACAUGGAUUUAGAACAGAGUAAUUCUGAACAAUGUAUUAUUCAGAAAUACAAAUUUCAAUACUAUAUUUUGCUAUCAGUGCAAAUUUCAUAUAAUGAUAUCUGUUUACAAAUGGAGAGGAGCAAUGGGCCAGUCCCUGGUCUACUUAGCACUCAGGCAGUUAGGCAGGGCUGUUAGCUAACAAAUCUAUUUGCUUGAGUUAUCUGAGUGUAUACUGUGACAUGUAUCUCACGAAUGUUACGACCUGGAUGUCUAACCUUCUUCAACACAUUUCGUAUGUAAUUUGAAAUGUUUUUGCUAAUAAUUAUUGAUCAUCAGUGCUUUCACAGAAAGAACUGUGUGCUAUAAUAACAAUGGUCUUUUUAAAUAACUGGACCUAUUGACUCAAAAUGUAAAAAUUAUUUCAGUGUCUUUAUGACAAGACAUACAGCAAACUGAAGUGUUCCAUAUGUUCUAAACCGGACAGAGUAAGCAACAGAUACUACGAAUGUUUUUACUUACUUAGUAAUUUCUCAAUGCUGUCUUGCAUGAAAAGCCAAAGCAUUUCUAAGUCAAAUGCUGUGCUGAUUCAAGGUAACAUGCAAUAAACGCAUAUGCACUGAAACCAAUGAUGACUGUUAACAAUUGUUUCACAAUUUAUAAUGAUAAAAUUUACCUGACAGUAUGUAUGAGGAAAAUGCCGAGAAACAUACAAAGUUAAAAUGAAACAUAAUGUUAAAACCAAAAUUGACAAUACAAAAUUGACAAUAUAACAUUCACAUGUUUAUUGGUCUUUUUUCAAACAUUGUGAUCAUUACAAAAGUACACUUAUUCCAUUUGAUUUCUCUAGAAUUCAUAGUAUUGUGGAGUAUUUCUUUCAAGUAACUUAACAUAUGUUUAGACUUCAACGAUUUUAUCUUCAUACUGUGCGCUGAUUAAGAUAUUACAGUUAUCAAACUGAUGCUAAUUUUUAAACUAUAUAAUGCAACAUAUUUCUUAUUGUUACCAUCCAUUUCUACAGAAGCUGACAUGUCUGAACUUCAUCGACGUGACAUGUUAAGUUUACAGACAUUAUGAAAAUGUUGGAACAUGUUCAGUAUAUGUGACAAAUUUAAGCAAUAUAUCAAUUAGAGUAGGACUAACCAUUUCUGACUACCGACGUCAUCAGCAUGAACCGUAGAUGGAGCAAAGGUCGACGGCCUAUUGGUUCAUGAUUUAGCGUUUGUACCUAUGUGUAAACAGUCUGGACUAUGGACUAGUGUAAAGCACGUGCACCUGUCGAUCGUCAGGCACAGAUGACUCGCUACUAAAUGACCUAGAAUACCACUUUGUUAUGAUCCGCCUGAUUCCACCCUACCUACAGUAACUUGAGAGAGAGAAGCAUUGAGAGAGAACCAAAACGCGCAUCUCCCUUACUGGUGCACAGAACGAUAUUUUCCAUAUACUGGUAUCAUGUUCAACUCAUAUAUCUGUCUACGUAGUUACCGGUCAAUUUAUUCCAAAUGCGGGACCAGAUCACUCAUACAUGACUGUAUUGUUAUCGAUAAAAUUUUGCUGUUCUGUAUGUAGCCUCGUAGUACUAUUGUUUAUAUAACGUUCUAGCUAGUAGUUGUUAAUGGUUGCCAUACAUUGUACCUUGUGCGAUUCUUGAGCAAUAAAGUUUAUUCAUUAAUUCA